AUGGUUGAACAAGGAUAUUUAAUAGGAACUCAAUUAGAACACGUGAAAGAACUUUCGCAUAGAAUUCGACUUACACAUAAACGACCAACAUUUGUAGUUCUUGGAACUGGUAAACAGAUUAACGACUGGUUACAUAAUAAUCGUUAUGUUAUAGUUGAAUUUGUGUUGGGUUCAAACGAUAAGCAAGUUUUUGCUGCUGCUACUACUGCCAGCACUUUAUUCAGUAAUGGAAAAAUACAUAAUCUAUCGACAAAACGCAGUAGACCAGACGUAAGUUUAAAACACCUUCAACAAGAAAACUCAUUAUUAGAAUCAUAUAAAGAUACAUUUCCUUCAGAAACGGGAUCGGAAAGAAACAUGGCUCGCUCUAGUAUUAUCAACAAUCAACACACAUCGAAUACCACUAAUAUAUUAUUUGAACUUUAUGGCAAAGAAUCCGAGUCGAAACGUGCUUUUUCAUUAUUUAUUAAACCGAAAUACCGUCUAGCAAUUUGUGCUGAAAUUAAUGAUAGCCCAAGAGAAAAUUCAGAAAAACUAAUAGUAACGUGUCAAUACCAAAAUGGUAUUGAAAUUAAAGACGUGAUAGAAGAAUUGAGAGAUGCCUUACCUGAAAAACACGAAAAAACUCGUAAUAUUAAGCUAAAUAAUCUUGAUUAUGAUCGAAUGUAA